AUGACGCCCACACCUCCCUCGACGACACCGUCGCAUUCUGGCGCUUCUCCGGACCAUUUCAGAGUUGUCCGCAAACGAAAUCGGAUUCCCUUAUCAUGCGCCCCGUGUCGACAUCGAAAGCUGAAAUGCAAUCGACAGUCGCCGUGCGACAAUUGCACAAAACGAGGCGACAGUGCCUCCUGCGCCUAUGCUGCUCCGGUAGCCAGGAAGAAAGGGAGCCAGAGUCACAGUACAUCUAGCGCGACACCCGAUGAUAUGCAAAAUCGUAUAGACCGGCUUGAAGGCCUGGUUUUGUCGCUGAUGACCAACGGUGCGCAAGCCCCUGGUCCGGCCGCUGCCGCACAGAUUCUAUCUACUGGCUCCAGCAUGGUCGGAAGUGGCUCGCUUGGGCCGGAUCUCGAUAAUGAGCUGGACGAGACGACGAUGAUGAAUGAUGCCGACGGGCAAGAACCCGAAAGCGAGACGGAUGGGGUGACAAAGAGCUUCGGUAUACUGAAAGUCGAUGCUGACAGGCAAAAAACAUUCUACAUCGGCGAAGCUCACUGGGCUGCCUUGCUAAAUGAAAUUGGCGAGGUCAAGAACUAUUUUGUCUCCCACAAGAAGGAGUAUGAAGCACAGAUGGAGAAAGUUGAGCAGACGAGGAAAUCCAUGGGCACAGAUGUGGGCGCAGGCCCUGCCUUGCUGUUUGGCUCGUCCGUACCUCCGAGCCGCGCAGAGAUCCUCGCUCAAAUACCCUCUCGAUAUAUGUCUGACAUCCUCAUUGGACGAUAUUUCAACACCUUCGACCCUGGCACGCACAUCCUGCACGGUCCGACUUUCCAGCGACAGUAUAACCUGCACUGGGCUGAUCCUUCCAAAAGUUCAAUCGUCUGGGUGGCUAUGUUAUUUGCCAUGAUGCGGCUCGCCAUGUUAUCGUAUGGCCGGGAGGGAGAUGAGCCGCCAGAGUUUCGUGGCAAGUGUCAGGAUCUUGCGGCCAACUAUCGCACCCAGUUGGCGCACUGUCUCAUCACAGCGGAUUACACGAAACCCCACAAACAUAUCAUUGAGACAUUGAUUUUCCAUCUACACGCUGAAUACACCUCCAAUCGAGAUGCAGAGGCGAGUGUUUGGGUCCUCGUUGGCAUGAUCGCGCGGCUAGCAAUGCGCAUGGGCUAUCACCGGGAUGCGAAGUUGUUCCCCAAUUUAACACCUUUCGAAGGCGAGAUGCGCCGGCGUGUCUGGACCUUCGUACGGACUGCAGACCUCUUGUUCUCGUUUCAGGUGGCACUGCCUUCGAUGAUUCGCAUUGGUGACUCGGAUACCGAACUACCUCGAAAUAUUUACGAUGACGAAUUUGACGAAGACUCAGUGUCCCUCCCCCCCGCCCGACCUCCUUCCGAAGCGACUCCGAUCUCGUAUAUGAUAGCUAAAGGGCUCCUGUCAUUUGGGUUUGGACGAGUACAGGAAGAGAUCAACGGUGUAACCCGCAAAGGGUACGAUGAACUUCUCAAGAUCGACCGCGGUCUGAGGGAAAUCUACGAAAGUAUCCCCGACCACCUCAAACUGCGACCUAUGGCCGAGCAGACACUGGCUCCAAUCUCGCUGAUCCUGGCAAGAUUUAGCCUGGCCACUGUGUAUCACAAGUCACAGUGUGUGCUUCACCGACGGUUCGCGCGCCAAGCAAGGAAUGGAAACCGUUAUAUGCACUCCAGAAGGACGUGUCUAGACUCGGCCAUGCAGCUCCUAAGCCUCCAGGCCAUACAGCACCAGCAGAGUCAAGAACGAGGCCGACUGAGGAGCUUGCGCAACCACGUCAAUUCCCUUACAGCACACGAUUAUCUUUUGGCGGCCACGGUGCUGUGUAUGGAUCUCUACAGCCACCGGGAGCGACCGGACCACGAUGUUGACACACCCAACACUUCGGUCAGUGGCGGCAGCAUCAGUCAAGGAAGCAACACGUCAGAUGGCGUGUACGUCCCCGGACUUCCCUACACUCGCGAAGAUCUCAUCCGUGCGUUGGAGGAAAGCCGAGAUGUAUGGCUCGCGAACCGGGACUUCAGCAUCGAAGCCUACAAAGCAAGUGAGCUCCUGAACGUGCUGAUCUACCAUAUCAAGUUGCCAUCCUCUCCCAGCAAUCCUCAGCAUACACAAAUUCCUCCUGGGACUCGGCAAGGGCCAGGAUCGAGUAAUGAUGAACAGACGGCGGCCAUGACUUUGGGGAUGCUUCAAGCUGGCGGUUUGAGCAGCACGGGACAAGGAGCAAAUCUCACUCAAACAGGAUCACCUGGUGGACAAUGGGACAAGCCUGGAUUCAACGCAGGCUUCGCGGCCGCCGGAGAAUCAAUUAACCCCGGCCUCUUUGGAGCAAUCACUGCGAAUGGGCCCAGUGCUUUCCCCGCUGGACUCUUGGGGGGAGCGAUUGGGGAGUUGGGUCAAGGCAUGAAUCUGGAUUGGGAAGCAUGGGAUCAAUAUAUGCAGCCCUCAAACCUGUCGCUUGAUCCGGCGGCGAGCUUGUGGUCGACUAAUUCACUGAACAACAACUUGUUUACGCAGACGUCGCCGCCAGAAGGCGCUGCCGAUGUCACUUUUGGGGUGGCAGGGUCAGGUUUCUACCCACCAAACAUUGGUGGCAUGAUGGGAGGACCGCUAGACAUGGCAAAGCCCGAGAGUCAGAUGCCGAACCUGAGCACGACCUCGACAGCUGCUAGUAACGACAAUGGCGCGGGGGAAGUUUUUAUGGGGGUACAGUCUCCGCAGCCAGGAGGGAUUCCAAGUUGGAAAUGGACGGUGAUGAGCGAGAAGAAAUGA